AUGGUUCGCUUCACCGACAAACAAAUCGCCCGGUUCAGAACGGCAGAAGUAGUGGUGUGCUGGGACAUGGUGGGAUGUCCGAUCCCAAGCGGUAUGAAUGUCGUCACUGUGUCGAACAACAUACGUGGUUCCGUUAAGAAGGCGGGUUAUCAAGGUCAUAUAGAAAUAAAUGCUUUUGGUUAUUCGUUACCGUCCGUUGGUGACUUAUUGGAUGCCAAAGUCACGAUGAAGGUCUUAACCGAAGGAGACGUGGAAGAGAGACUUCAGAUGAUUUUAUCGCACUUCCUUUGCAGGGCAGUUGAGUAUCGUAAACGAGUCAAUCUUAUGCUAAUCAUUGGAGACAUCUCAAGGCAUUCCCAGUUCAACUUCGAAUGCGCUUUUAAUCUACUGGAAAUGAAACGAUACAAUUGUAUCUUAGCACAGCCUAAGUACUUGCCAAUCUUGGAAGAGGAUACCAUUACUACAACAUGGCUUUGGGACACCCUCUCAACCGGAGGACAAGCUCUCAGAAGAAGGCUAAAAUUUGCUGAUGACGACGACCAUACUUCUCUUGAUGUGGUGGAUUAUACCAGUACUGGCACUAAAGAAGUGAGACGCAAGAAGAUUUUCGUGGACUUUAUGGGCAAGGCUAUUGGCCAUCGUUAA